AUGAAGUCAUUCACAAUCCAAUCGGCUCUUACAGCCUCAGCCCUGUUCCUCGCUGCCACCCUUCCAGCAGCCUUCGCCGCCGACAUGAGUAACGGCUACUGUCAGCAACUCUGCUUGAAGAGCAACAGUCUUGUCUUUGCCUUGACGAAGGGAUCGAACUGUCUCUGUGGAAAUCAGCUGCCGGCGAAGUCGGCUAAGACGUCUGAUUCCGAUUGUAACGUCAAGUGCGCUGGAUGGCCUGAUGUCAUGUGUGGUGGCGAAGACGCCUUCUCUGUCUACCUGACUGGCCUCAGUUCCAAGGUCUCGUACUACUCGGAUGAUUCCUCUUCCAGCACCAACUCAAGCUCGACAUCAACGACCAACGGCGGGUCGACUGUGACUACUGGCAGCCACGGUCAAGUCGUCACACAAGGGGAGCAGACUGUAAUCGUCACAGCACCAGCCAGUGAGGCGGACUCGACAAAUGGAGCCAACAGCCAGCAAAAGAGCUCGAAUGGUCCGAAUACUGCUGCCAUUGCUGCUGGUGUCGUUGUCGGUGUAGUCGGAUUCUGUUCCCUUGUUGGAGCCGGAUUUUUUCUCUGGCGCUUCAGGAAGCGCACAAACGUACAGCCGCAGUACUCAAAUAACGCUGCCAAUGAGCACUUUGGCAAGCCCAUGUCGCAAGAUUCCAUGUCGGAUUCGAGGUUCGAUGGCGACUUCAUGGCACAAAGGCGCCAAAGCAAUGGUAGCAUUGAUGAUGAUCAAGACUUUUCCCGUCGUAUCUUACAGGUAACAAACCCUGACCACCGACAUUAA